AUGAUGCUUCCAGAUGAUCUGAUAUUAAACUGUUUAGCCCGCGUCUCAAGAUUACACUACCCAACCCUUUCCUUAGUUUCCAAGAAGUUUCGUUCUUUCGUUACUUCAACGGAGCUUUACCAGACCCGAGCUCUUUUAAACCGCACCGAGAAUUGUCUCUACGUAUGCUUACAAAGCUGUGACGACUCUAACACACUACGUUGGUUUACUCUUUGUCGGAGACCAAAUAGCUCCAAAAAAAUAUUGGUGCCGAUCUUUGUUGAUUCUAUUUCUCCCUCUACAUUUAGGUCGGAUGUUGCAAUGAUUGGUUCUGAUAUGUACGUCAUUGGCGGAUUAAUACAUCAGAAUGUAUCCUCUAACGUCAAGGUCAUUGAUUGUCGUUCUCACACAUUGCGUGAGGCACCAAGCAUGCAGGUGACACGUGUGUUCCCAUCUGCUUGUGUCGUUGAUGAAAAAAUGUAUGUAAUUGGAGGCCGCGAAAAUCUCGAUUCCACAAAUUGGAUAGAAGUUUUUGAUACGAAGACCCAAACUUGGGAGUUUUUACGAAUCCCUAGCGAGAAGUUAUGCAAAAGCUUUAAGUACGAUAGUGUUGGGUAUGAAGGAACUAUCUAUGUGGGGUCCAAGGGAAAGCUAGGGACUUGUAAGCUGAAUAAAGGUAGAUGGAGAACGGUAGACUUAGCAAUGGAUACUGGAUGGACUCUCGCAUCAUCUUAUUGUGUGAUAGAGAAUGUGUUCUACCGUUACAAUAACAUGAUGAUCGAUUGGUAUGAUCACAAAGAAAAGUUAUGGACAACUUUGAAGGGUUUGGAAAACUUGCCUACUUAUCCUCGUAUGCGUAAUGGUAAACUGGUGGAUUAUGGAGGGGAAAUGGUGGUUUUGUGGGAAGAGUAUGGGUAUGAUAUUGAUAAGAACCACAAAGAUGAAACAAUAUGGUGUGCGGAAAUUGCGAUUGAAAGACGCCAAAACGGAGAGAUUUGGGGGACGAUAAGCUGGUUUGACGUUGUCUUUACAACCAAUGAGCCAUACAGUUUAGUACAUGCUCUUGCUACUAGUUCCAUUUGAUGAAUAUGAAGUCAUGA